GACUCAUUUGAGCCUAGGACCACUUCCUGAAGCGCGACGCAGGAAGUUAACUGCUCUACCUGGAGUCUUGUGGAGAAAGUGCUGUCUGCUGCACCGGUGGCGGCGGCACCUGGAGGUCGGUCUGGAGACUGGCCGUUGGGUUUGGCCGCAGUUAGGAGCCAGUUUCCAUCGCAGCACCACGGCCCCCUCCUCCAGCCCCGAGCCCGGCGCGGUUGCCCAGGGAGCUCCUUCGGGCUCCUUUACGCAGCUCCAAGAGGCAACUACCUGGGCGUCACCUGGGCCUCCAGCCAGGGGACAGGCUCCCGGCUUCAGCUUCCCGGGCCGCAGUAAGAAGUGCUCUGGUCACCCCGCGCCCUGCCCACCCUCCUCGAACCAUUGAGACCCUAGUCCAGAGCGACAACUUUGGAUCUGGGACUAGACGGAUCCAAAACACUCAGUCCCGACCCCCCUCAGACGGGGUUUGUAUCGUCUGUGAUAUGUCACCCACCAUCUCCCACAAGGACAACAGUCGGCAACGACGGCCAGGGACUUUCAAUCACUCUCUGGAUAUGAAGAGUGGCCUUCUGCCGCCGGGCGACUGGGAUGACAGUCAUCUGGAUUUGGUGGGCGGAGAAGGGGAUAAAGAAGCUCUUCUGCUGGAUACUGGUGAUUUCUCAAAACCCCCACGGAGCUGCCGGGCCGAAUUAAGCAGCAUUUUGCUGUUGCUUUUUCUUUAUGUGCUUCAGGGCAUUCCUCUGGGCCUGGCAGGAAGCAUCCCACUCAUUUUGCAGAGCAAAAAUAUUAGCUAUACAGAUCAAGCUUUUUUCAGUUUUGUCUUUUGGCCCUUCAGCCUCAAAUUGCUCUGGGCCCCAUUGGUUGAUGCGGUGUACUUGAGGAACUUCGGUCGUCGCAAAUCUUGGCUUGUCCCUACACAGUAUGUACUGGGACUGUUCAUGAUAUAUUUAUCCACUCAGGUGGACCAUUUGCUCGGGAAUACUGAUGGCAGAACCCCCGAUGUAGUUGCUCUCACUGUGACAUUCUUUUUGUUUGAAUUUCUGGCCGCCACUCAGGACAUCGCUGUGGAUGGUUGGGCGUUAACUAUGUUAUCCCGGGAAAACGUGGGUUAUGCUUCUACUUGCAAUUCAGUGGGCCAAACAGCGGGCUACUUUUUGGGCAAUGUUUUGUUUUUAGCCCUUGAAUCUGCCGACUUUUGUAACAAAUAUUUGCGGUUUCAGCCUCAACCCAGGGGAAUCGUUACUCUUUCAGAUUUCCUUUUUUUCUGGGGAACUGUAUUUUUGAUAACAACAACUUUAGUUGCCCUUCUGAAAAAAGAAAACAAAGAAGUAUCAGUAGGAAAAGAAGAAACCCAAGGGAUCACAGAUACCUACAAACUGCUUUUUGCAAUUAUAAAAAUGCCGGCAGUUCUGACAUUUUGCCUUCUGAUUCUGACUGCAAAGAUUGGUUUUUCAGCAGCAGAUGCAGUAACAGGACUGAAAUUGGUAGAAGAGGGAGUACCCAAAGAACAUUUAGCCUUAUUGGCAGUUCCAAUGGUUCCUUUGCAGAUACUAUUGCCUCUGAUUAUCAGCAAAUACACUGCAGGUCCCCAGCCACUAAACGUAUUUUACAAAGCCAUGCCCUACAGAUUAUUGCUUGGAUUAGAGUUUGCUCUAUUGGUUUGGUGGACUGCUAAAGUAGAGCAUCAAGGGGGAUUCCCUAUAUAUUACUACAUUAUACUGCUGCUGAGUUACGCGUUACAUCAGGUUACAUUAUACAGCAUGUAUGUUUCCAUAAUGGCGUUCAAUGCAAAGGUUAGCGAUCCACUUAUUGGAGGAACAUAUAUGACCCUUUUAAAUACUGUGUCCAAUCUGGGAGGAAACUGGCCUUCUACAGUAGCUCUUUGGCUAGUAGAUCCCCUCACAGUGAAAGAGUGUGUAGGAGCAUCAAACCAGAAUUGUCGAACACCUGAUAAUGUUGAGCUUUGCAAAAAACUCGGUGGCUCGUGUGUUACAGCACUGGAUGGUUAUUAUAUGGAGUCCAUUAUUUGUGUGUUUAUUGGAUUUGGUUGGUGGUUCUUUCUUGGUCCAAAAUUUAAAAAGUUACAGGAUGAAGGACCCUCUUCAUGGAAGUGCAAAAGGAGCAAUUAAUACAUUCACUACUUGGUAUUCUGAGAAAGGUAACUCUAGUUUAGUUUUAAUUCAGAAAACUGUGAAAAUCAGCGCACAGGAGUAUGAAAUAUUUUAAACACAGAAAUUAUUAAUAUAAAAUGCCAAAUGGUUAAAAAAUAGAGACCUCUCUGUAUAUUGAUUAUAUUUUUCCUUGCCUUGUUGAUGUAUUUAAAGUUUACUUAAGGUUAGGAAGUGGAUUCUAAAACAACUUUUCAUGCCUUGUUAUUUGAUUUAUAUCUUUUUAAUUUACUGACCAAAGCAAGUUUUAAGCUGCAGUGCAGUAGUCAUGGAUGGUAACCAUGCAGUCAAGUAUUGCUAUCAGUUCCUGUCAUUGAGCUGUAUUUAAAAUUUUGGUAAAAUAUAUUAAAUGGAACACAGCUUGAUAUUCAGGUACUAAUUACAACUAGUCUGACUUGUUAGAAGUUAAGCCUUAUUUUGAAUUGCAAAUUGGUUAAAUUCUAUGUAGAAUUUGCUGAGAAGAGAAUUUAGGCUACUGACUGAAAUGUCAUUUUAGUUGUUAUUUUUCUGACCACAACCACAUUGUACUUAUGAAUCUGUGUUAUAAAGACUAGUGAAAACCA